CUCUUACCUCUCUACUCAUUUUAUAGUAUUUUUCUGAACAAACUUACAUAAACUUAGCGUAGUUUCAGACGAGAUUUAUGCCAAUAAGUUCGCGUUCUAAUAGCCACCAAGUUAUAAUAGCAUUCAUGGCCCCCCAAAGUUUAAAGUAGUCAAAAAAAAUUGACUAAGCCAAUUAUGCAGAGUCAUUUAAAACAAUUUCUUUUUGAACUUGUGCCCUCUUUUUGCUAACCAAGGAGGCGCAGAGAGACUGUAAGCCAACCGCGAUAAAAACGGAUAUCACUUUAGCGACUCGUUGGGCAAGCAGCCAACAGGCAAUCAGCCACUGCGACUUGGCUGGCAUUUAACACAAUCAUUAAAUAAUAACUUGCUGGCAUUUCCAUUUGCAUUUCAUGCACCCCUCAUUCCCCUCUACACAUUUCAUUUUUGCAAUUAUGCCAGCUGGACAUUUGAACGCAUAAUGCUGCGGAGAACACUUGUUAAUGAGGCCUGAGCCUAGUAAUUAAAGAACGCUGUCUAACUAACUGCAAAGCUAUGGGCGAAUGCACCUAAAAAUGUGCUGUAAUAUAGUGUGUAUAGAAAAGUGUAAACUGCAUAAGUAAAUCGAUGUACGCGCAUGUGUUGCGAUGGCUAGGGCAGCACGCAGCAUCCGCGCGAUUGCAUACGGGACACAAAUAAAUUCAUUCGCCACUGUGAGUCGACCAAAAUAGACGCGCGUUAGGUUUUGAGCGUGUGCGUGUGUAUAUCGCGAUGGGUGAACGCAUAGCAGCAGCAGCGGCGACGGCCGUCGGUGCACGGCAUUCGCGCAUCAGUCCAACACCGGGCCGUGGCAGUAAGGUCGCCUAUACGCUGUGCCCGCGCAUGGAGCCGCCGGAUGAGAAGGCAGCGUUGCAGGUGCAGCGGCGCACCUCGGCAGCGAAGGGGCCGCCAAAUUGUGUGGCCAUACCGAUGUCAUCCAUACAGACUAACACAAAAGUGCGCAUAAUGCUGUCGGUAAAUACUGCUUGCCUCUUGGCGGCUCUCUUGGGGUUGGUCUAUGUUUGGUGUCGCUACACAUAUGGCUACUGGAAACGCAAUAAGAUUCCCUAUAUGACGCCGCUGCCACUAAUUGGCAAUAUGGAAGUUUUGUUUAAAAUGAGCAAUAGUUUUUAUCUGUAUCUAUCUGACGUCUAUAAGGAUGCUAAAAUGUCAAAGGCUGCAGCAGUCGGCAUCUAUAUACUCAACAAGCCAGCGUUAGUGUUACGUGAACCGGAACUUAUAAAAUCUGUGCUCAUCAAGGAAUUCUCAAAAUUCGCCAAUCGGUCAGCCACCUGUGAUCCACAUAAUGAUGCUUUGGGUUGGAAUAAUCUAUUUUUCAUACGAAAUCCACAAUGGAAGGAUUUGAGAACGAAAAUAACGCCGGUUUUCACAACAGGAAAGAUCAAACAAAUGUAUUCACUAAUGACUGAGAUCGGCACGGAGUUGGAAGCCCAUUUGAAUUCGUUUGCGAAAACAGACGACGCUUUCGUAACUGAAGUUAAAGAGCUUUGUGCAAACUUCACCACCGAUGUGAUUGCCACCACCGCCUUUGGCAUUAAAGCCAAUAGUCUUGUAGAUCCGAAUGCCGAGUUUCGUGCGCUAGGCCGAAAACAGCUAACCAUUACAUUCCGUCGCGCUAUUCAAUUCCUUAUCGCAUUCUUCUAUCCGAAAUGGACCACAACAUUGCGUGUGAAAAUUUUGGUACCGGAGUUCGAAACUUUUAUACGUGGCACCAUCGAACAUGUUAUGGCGUUAAGAGAAGAGAGCAAAGCGCCGCGUAACGAUCUGAUCGAUGUGUUGGUGAGCCUUAAACAAGAGGCAGUUGCGAAGGGCGAGUAUAAUGCUCAGCUACAGGAUAUCUUAACAGCACAAGCAGUGGUAUUUAUGGUAGCUGGUUUUGAGACGUCAUCUUCGACAAUGACAUUUGCGCUAUACGAAUUAUCCAAAAGGCUUGAUUUACAAGAACGUCUGCGCAAGGAGAUCUGUGAAGCUUUCGUAGCUGAGCAAGGUAGAUUGUCUUAUGAGACUAUCAAUAAUCUACCAUAUUUAGGUAUGGUAGUUGACGAAGUAUUGCGUUUAUACCCAUCACUACCUUUUCUCGGUCGGGAGCAUCUGCCGAAAGAGGGGGAAAAGCCAUUCGACCUUAAACCAUAUUACGAUUACACAGUGCCAGUAGAUAUGCCUGUUUAUAUACCAAUCUUCGGCAUACAACGUGACCCAGAGUUUUGGCCCAACCCGAACACCUUCGAUCCUGAACGCUUCAACGCCGAGAAUAAGAAAACCCAUAAGCCUAUGUCCUACCUUCCCUUCGGUACUGGACCACGUAACUGUAUUGGUUCUCGCAUCGGUUUGCUGCAGUCUAAACUUGGUUUGGUGCAUAUACUGAAGAAUCAUUAUGUCACUACAUGUGAGAAGACACCGUCGGAAAUUUCUUUUGAUCCACUGUUCCUAGGCUUAGGCCAUAAGGAAGGCAUUUACUUGAAAUUUGUCAAUGACAAACGCUAUGAGCGCAAUGCAAGGCUGUGAAUGUUCAAAAUCCAAACUAAUUUCGAAAGGUAUCGCUACAAUUAAAUAUUUAUAGAACUCUUUUUUUUAAUAAAAAUUAUUAGGAAAAUGAAAAAGAAA